AUGAAGUGUAACCAAUUGUUUUGGGUUACUGUUUUAAUUUGCAUCAAUCAAUACGCAUUCGGUGCUAUUUUAGGUAUUGAUUUUGGUUAUGAAAAUAUCAAGGCUAUGAUUGUAUCGCCAAAGGCUCCUUUAGAAAUCGUUUUGACACCAGAGUCUAAACGUAAGGAUGUUUCUGGUAUAGCUUUCAAGUCAUUGAAUUCAGAUAACUCCAGUUUAGAACGUAUAUUCGGGUCAGCAAUUGGCUCGUUAUCAACUAGAUUCCCACAAAAUACGUUAUUAAAUUUGAAACCAUUACUAGGUAAGACGAUUGAUGAUGAAUUUGAAUUGCAACAGUACAAAGAAAAGCAUUUUGGUGUUGAGAUUAUACCAUCGAACUGGGAUUCGAUUUCAUUUUCUGUAUUCGAUGAGGAAUACACAGCUGAGGAACUAGUUGCAAUGAAUAUACAAGAAAUCGUCAAAAGAGCGAACGAAUUACUAGAAAUAAAUGAUAGUUUGAAUACUGAUAGAGUGACUGAGUUGUCUAUCACAGUCCCUGAUUUUGCUGGAUUCAAUGAAAGAAGCGCUCUUUUGAGAAUUGGCAAUAUGACUACAGAUCGUUUACCAACAUACUUGGUGAGUGAUGGUUUAUCCGUAGCAAUCAAUUUUGCAUUAAAGAAUCGUGACUCUCCAGCAGAUACAAAGGUAUAUUAUAUGAUAUAUGAUAUGGGAGCAAGCAGUACACAAGCUACAUUGUUCUCCUUAAAUAGACCAGCCAAUACCUCAGAACCAGUUGAGAUUGAGAUAGGCGGUUAUGGUUAUGAUAAAAAUCUUGGAGGUUCUGACUUUAACUUGGCACUAUUUAAUUUGAUAAAAAAUAAAUUUUUAAAAGAACAUACUGAAUUCACUUCUAAGGAGCUUGACAAAAAUCCAAAAUCUCUGGCAAAAAUUUAUCAAGCAACAGAAAAGGCUAAACUUGUGUUGAGUGCCAACAUGGACGUAUCUAUAACUAUUGAAUCUAUUAUCGAUGAAAUUGAUUUCCGUGCCACCGUUUCGAGGACUGAAUUUGAAGAAUCAAUUAAAUCUUUAUGUAAAAGAUCUAUUAAUCCAAUUAAAGAUUCUAUGAAUGAUCAACUUUGGGAAGAUACAAUUACGAUGGAAGAUUUAAGUGGUGUUAUUUUAUUUGGAGGCUCACAAAGAGUUCCAAUAAUUCAAAAAAGCCUAAUUGAAUUUGUAGGUGAAGAUAAAUUGUUACGUAAUGUCAAUUCGGAUGAGUCUGCAGUAAAUGGUGUCACUAUUAGAGGUGUAAAAUUAUCUAACUCAUUUAGAACAAAACCAUUAAAUAUUAUUGAACGUUCAAUUAACUCAUAUUCGAUUUUAACCUCGGAGUCUACAAAGAAAGGUGAAGUUUUUGAGAAAGGUUCAAAAUAUCCAUCGACCCAAUCAUUUAUCUUAGAAACUGUAUCAGAAUUACCAAAAUCUCAACAACUAAAGCUCUUUGAAAACGAUUUCAAUUUUAAGAAUAUUACAAUAGAAUAUGAAGGUUUGAUUAACAGUAAUAACUUAACCGAGUGUGAAUAUGGAUUUGCAUUGAAGGCUACAUUUUCACUAUCACAAGAAAGAUUUUUCGAUCUUGAUGAAGUAAACGUGAUAUGUUUGCAGGAUUAUUUGAAGUAUAAUGAAACUCAAAAAGUUGCUAAAAAUAUCAAUUUAGAAAGAACUUCAUUAUUUGAAAUUAGUGAAGAUAAUAUAAAUUUACCAGCUCUUGUGUUUUCGAGCCAAUCUGAAUCUCAAUUGUUAGCUUCAAAGAAUGUCCAAUCCAUAAGAGAGCGUAUUAUUAAUAUGAACAACGCAGAUGCAAAGAGAUUUGAAUUACAUGAAAUUAAAAAUGUUUUUGAAGGCUUAUUAUAUAAUACAUUAAGUUUUCUAGAAAGUGUGGAUGAUGUGAAGGUUGAAUCCUUAACUGAAUAUAGAGAAUUAAAAAAGAUUACGCCUGAAUACCUGGAAUGGUUUGAGGGUUUGCAAGAAGAUAUUACUAAAGAUUUAAUUAUGGAUAAAGCAAUAAUUCUUGAAAACCUAAAGGAAAAAGUUGAAUUUUAUGUAUUAACCUUGAAUGAAAAAUUAGAUCAAGAAGAAUUCAAAAGAAUGUUAAAUAAGUCGGAUGAAUUGUUAGCUUUAAUCAAGAAGUAUAACGACUCGUUGAGCUUAUUUGUUUCUGAGUUAAAGGAAAUGAAUAAAGAGGUUGAUAUUGAUAUUGAUGAGUUAUUUGAAGGUAUUCGUUUACCUUCGAAAUUAUCACAGUCUAUUCUCAUGUUUGAGAACAGUUUAAUAAAAUUCAAGGAUGUGAACUAUAUUAUAAACUAUUUAUUGGAAGGUGGUGUUAUUGAAACACUUCCAAAAUCCACAUUGUUUGAAAUUAGUUUAUCCUUUGAAGAAUCGUAUUUAGAAAUGGAAGAAUUGAUGAAAGCUUUUGUUGCAUCUCAUGAUUAUCGUAUUCGUGAAUUAAAAUCGACUGUUCAAAGAAAAAUAAAAUCUAUUGAACGUAAAGCAGCAAGACAAAAAGUUAAAAGCGAAAGGGAGAAUAAGAAAAGCUCUAACGAAACUACAUCUUUGAAAGAGGAAUCAGAAUCAAAAUCUAAUUCUACUCAACAAAAAAAGAGAAAAAUCAGAGCCAAAAGGUCUAAGGUCUCCAGCACCACAGCAAAUAAUGAUGUAACUGGUGAAGAAACCAUGAGCCACGAUGAAUUAUAG